AUGCCGACACAAAAAUGGCCCAAACCCGUCCCGCAAAGCAUCGCAAGGCUCUCUGUCGCCAGCAUGCCCGUGACCGAGCCCAGCGACCGGGAGCCGCUUAACGAAAACGGAUUCCUGAUCGGCCGCGUGAUCCGCCUCGAGGUCGCGCUGCAGCGCAUCGCCACGUCCGACCCCAAGGACGCCCUCAGCCACCCGUCCGCCGCACGACGCUGGGUCGUCAGGUGCAGGAACCGCGAGGAGCUCCUGGGCGCCGUGGCCGGCGAGCAAGGCCCCUACCCGCAGACCGAGGCGAACCGGCGCAAGAACGAGGCCUCGGCGCCCGUCCUCCGCGAGCUGGGCCUCGAGGGCCUGCAGAUCUUCUUCCGCGAGGACAUGGUCACGCUUGAGGGGUUCGCAGGGUGGGGUGACCACCAGGGCAUCCCGGGCCUGCCGCCGCGCCUGAAGAGUUUCAUCCGUCGAUUUCGCCGCCUGCUGUGCCCGAUAGAGGAGUUCCUGGCCAUGACCGACGCCAUCCUCAGCGUGCCCGCCGACAAGAUCUCGCCGUCUCCUCUGGCGCCGAGGCAGAGGCCGACUUGUAUGAGCACCAUCAGGCGCGUCUUCCGAACAACCGACGAGGUCCUCAAAGACGAGCUGGAGCGCACCCGCCGCAUGGCGCCGCCGGCAAUCCGCACAGUCCCAUCGCCGCACGUCGACUUUUGCGAGCUGUUGUUUCCGCCCGGCUACCUCGUGCCUCCUCAGGGCACCGUGGAGGAGCAGCACGUGGACCGCGAGAUCGUGGUGUGUCUCAACAGCGCCGAGGAGGCUACCGACUUCAGCCGCGAUGUGUUCCUGCUCGCCAGCCACGCCCCCGACGUCAUGAUCAAGGGCCGCGAGACCCCGAGUUACGAGCCGGAAAUGAAUGAUCUGUGGGAGAGGUAUCGGCGCUGCGAGGAGUCUUGCGUCUCACCAUCGCAUGUCCGCAGGAACAGAGAGGCCGGCCGGUCACGCCGGCUGAUUUGCGUUUUUCGGAGGAAGCCAGCUCCUCGCUCAGUUGUCAUCCUCGACUAUGACGUUAUUGGCCUGGCUUUUUGA